GACGUUAGCAAAGAAGUGUUUAAACUUACGUGUUUGCUUUUUUACAUUCUGCCUAUUUUUUGUCUGAUUAAUUGGAUGUUUUUAUUUACUUUACUGUCAGUGUAAUGUUUUAAUGGCUGAUCACCGAGUUGGCAAGCGAUUCAUUGAACGUACCAUAAACCAUCAACUCUGCACUGGAUAUUAAAAACACCCUAUCGAUUAGCACAGUAAUAGACGAUUGGCGUUUAAGAUAAUAACUUGUAAGUACAAAACACUAGAUACUUCUCUUAUACAAAAUAAUCAUUUAUUGGAUAAAUCUAAGGCAUGUAAACUAAUAAACACAUAAACACGCACUCACACAUUCAUAGUUGCAGGAAGAGAGAAAGUAAGAAAUGGACGAGUAAGAGAAUGAAAAUGUGAAAUACCAAGUUUACAGCAAUAUGUGCAAUUUCAUAGAUAACCAUCAACCACUUCAUAUUAGGCUAUUACAUUUAAUGAGUUUUUAAAUCUCGAAAACGCAAUUGCAGGAAUCAUUAGAAAAUGUAAAGCACAAAACUUUAUUUCUCUUAAUGGUCGGAACAAUCAUUUAAGUUUGACAAGGAAGUCAUCAAACGCCGAGUCUGAGGCGGUGCCCUGUAACGAGCGCAAGUUUGUGGACUGUGCUGUAUGAGGCAGUAAUUUUGAAAGGAAAAGAACAUCCAACAGACUCGAAAGAACUAAAUGAAAACCGAUUGAAGGAGCAUGAACGACUCGUCGCGCUAUUACUUCAGCAUGAAACACAUGGACUACAUAUAUACUAUUGACAAUAACAUAACUUUGAACGCAACGAUCGGCGACAUAAAUGGCACCGGGAUCGCCCAAAUCAUGAUCCCUCAGGAGUUAUUUCUAAUGCUCGGCUUGAUCAGUUUGGUGGAAAACAUCUUGGUGGUGGUGGCCAUCAUCAAGAACAGGAAUCUACACUCGCCAAUGUAUUAUUUCAUCUGUUGUCUGGCGGUGUCGGACAUGCUGGUGAGCGUCAGUAAUGUGGUGGAGACACUCUUCAUGUUAUUGACGGAGCACGGGCUGCUGCUUGUCACGGCAAAGAUGUUGCAGCACUUAGACAAUGUGAUCGACAUUAUGAUAUGCAGUUCUGUCGUUUCCUCUUUGUCGUUCCUGUGCACUAUUGCGGCCGACCGCUAUAUCACCAUCUUUUACGCGCUUCGAUACCAUAGCAUAAUGACCACGCAACGCGCUGUGGCCAUCAUCGCGGUGGUGUGGCUCACUAGCAUCACCUCGAGCUCUUUAUUUAUCGUUUAUCACACUGAUAACGCGGUCAUCGCCUGUCUCGUCACGUUUUUUGGCUUGACGUUGGUGUUCACAGCGGUUCUCUACCUCCACAUGUUUAUCCUGGCGCACGUUCACUCCAGACGUAUAAUGGCUCUCCAUAAGAGUCGCCGGCAAGCCACUAGUAUGAAGGGAGCCAUUACUCUGACCAUCUUGCUCGGGGUUUUCGUUAUCUGCUGGGGUCCCUUUUUUCUCCACCUCAUCCUUAUCCUCACCUGUCCCACAAAUCCUUACUGCAAAUGUUAUUUCAGUCAUUUCAACCUGUUUCUAAUUCUUAUCAUUUGCAAUUCACUUAUAGACCCUCUCAUUUACGCGUACCGCAGUCAGGAGCUGCGCAAGACGCUAAAAGAAAUCAUUUUUUGCUCGUGGUUCUUUGCAAUGUGAGUAAUUCCUUCUGGAUGUUUGUAGGAAACACUUGGAUAAGCAUCUGCGUUAAUAUUUAUGUUAAAGUCCGAUAUUAUUCAGUUUCAUUCUUAGCAAAUUGCAUUCUUAAUGACUCUUAAAGACUCUUUUUUUUUGUUAAAUAAAUAAUUUGAUUUACAUAAAUUAUGUAUCAGUAUGUUUAUAAUUCGUGCCUUAAAUUUAGUUAAAUUAAGGCAUCUCGUAAUGCAUUAAUUGCAUAAAAAAAGAGAAUAAAAAUACAGAUUUUCAUAAUGAAAAAUGCCAUGCACAAAGAAGAGAGAGUGUGUGUGUGUGUAAUAUGUCAAUGUUAAAAGUAUUAGAAAUUACUGUUUGGAAACUAGUUUGGCUUUAAUUGUA